AUGGUGAAUGGUGAACCAACAGACCCCUUCAAUGCUGCAAAGGGACUCGGGCAAGGAGAACCUAUAUCUCCCUCCAUGUUGGCAAUUUCAAUGGUAUAUCUGAGUCGCAACUUAAAGGUGAUGGCUGAGAAGAAAGCAUUUCACUAUUAUCCUAGAUGUGCAAAGCUGGAAAUAACCCACCUAUAUUUUGCUGACCUGCUGAUAUUCUCAAGAGGUGAUGUUUCUUCAGUAACAGAAGUACAACAUAGUUUCAACCAGUUCUCAAAGGCAUCAGGUCUGCAAGCAAAUUUAGGAAAGAGAUCCAUUUAUUUUGGAGGUGUGCCACAGGCUGAACAAGAGCUAAUACCGAGCCAAUUGCGGUUCACAAAGGGAGCACUACCAUUCAAGUAUUUGGGAGUUCCUCUAUCUACAAAGAAGCUGAUACUAAUACAGUGGCAACCCCUCAUUGAGAAGAUAGUGGCAAGAUUACAUCAUGGACAACAAAAAAACUAUCCUAUGCAGGAAGAGCUCAACUGA